ACGCCCGCGGUCCUGAGCGCGUUGUGCUGUGUUUGUGUAGGCCUAAACACCGCCUCAGUUCGGAUAACCUUUUCGCAGGUGAUUUUUGAAGACCAGUUUCUAACUCCGUGAUAAAUUAAAAGGCUAGUGAAGGAUGGCGGUUGUGUGUUAACGGUACCAUGGAGACAAUGAUGGAAGUGAUAUCGCCUCAGUUACGAUACCCGGUCUAGUACCGUCAUGUGUUAGUGUACGGGCCAGGUAUGACGUGUACACCACCGCUCUUCUUGGCCUUCAUUUUCCUGCUCUGCAUUCCUAACUUAGAUAGUACGAAGUAUACUGCCGCCUCACCGUACAUGUUUAAAAGACAAAUAUCUGAGGACGACUACGACAUAGAUCCUAAGAUCCUAACGAUCCCUGCUGGAAGUUCAGUCACGGUUAUCCCAGAGACAUGGAGUUUUACUCGCCCAUGUAUCCUAACAAUUAUCCCAGCAACAUUGAGUGUUUCAAAGUCAUAGAAGCUCCUGAAGGAAAACAAGUCCAACUGGACUUUCGGGAUCAGUUCUUCCUAGAAUCUGAUGAUCCCAACUGCAAGUUCGACUUCUUGGAGGUGCGAGACGGCCAGCGUGGCUACAGCUCGCUGAUCGGUACCUACUGCGGCAGCACAUUCCCGGACAUGAUCACAAGUUCGGAUCGUUACCUCUGGCUUCGCUUCAAGACGGACGACAGUAUUGAGUACUCAGGCUUCAAAGCUGUGUACACCUUUAUUGACACUCCAGUGCACAACCCAGUAAAGAAGGAACCAUGCAUAUUCAAUAAAGAGGGGGCAGAGGGGUGGGUGAACAAGACGGAUAUUAGUAAUGAGACUCUCGCUUUCUACCAAGCACACAACGAGAAGAUCGACUGCAUGUUCAUCAUCAGAGUCAAGGAGGGUUGGCGACUACAACUACAAUUCAUCCAGUACAAAAUGGACAAGCCCAACGAGUGUGACUCCAACUACAUAGAAGUGUUCCCCAACGUGACGUUGCUGCCAGUCAGAGUUGACCAGUUCUGCGGCUCCAUCGCCACCACUGUCACGGUGAAGAGCAACGUCAGCCACAUUCGCUUCGUCGCCGAGCCUAAGGCUUUCAACUCCACAUUCGCCAUACUGUGGACCGCAUUCCGCGCUAUCAGUAAGGAAGAACAAUGUGCUGAUGAUGAGUUCGACUGCGAGGAUCUCACCUGCAUCCCUGCGGAGCUCAAGUGUAAUGAGAAUGUUAAUUGUCGCUACAAGAAUGAUGAAGAUAAGGACGGGAUUUGUAAAGAGAAUACGAGUGAACUGGGAAAGCUGUUUGCAGAGACACACAUGAUUGCAAUCGUGGCCUUGUUCUUCAUUAUACUGACCGGCAUGUGUUCUACCUUUAUUUACAACUGCUCCAGGAAACUCGUCAGAGACCACCGUAUUAUAAAGCAACAAAUGGCGGCGUCGCGGGCCUCCAGGCUAGAUCAGAUCGGCAAAGGCAGCGUGGUGCAGCUGUCCACAGUACUGCCAGCCAGUCACAGUCACAGUCGUAGUCACAGUCACAGUCACAGUCACAGCACUGACAGCAGUCAGAGUCACAGCGUCUCGCAACGGGCAGAGUGCUACGUGCCAGACACUGAGCUCAUGCCCAUCCUCAUGCACGACGACAUGCAUUUCCCUGAGAUGCGGGACUCCGAGUGUCAGACCAGGGAGAGCCUGUUUCACAUGGCCAGCUUCACUCCUAACAGUUCCGGAGGCGAUUCGUUCACGCCGCCGCCACCCCCUCCACCACCGACGUCUCGUCCUCCCAAGUCAACUCCAAGAUCGACUGCUAGCCCGGGAUUUACAACGUUUGGGAAGACGCGUCAAAAGACAAGCGCAGAACCUAGAUUCCGAGCAGAAGCCGUCAUAGAGUUGAGCAAACGAGCCGACAGCAGCAAAACCAGCGAGCGGCCGUUCAGUGUGCAAUCCACCAAAUCUGCUCCAGACGUCAUAGUAACACACUGACCUUCCAUACACUCAUCAGCCAUCCAGUUCACAAUACAUUUCCAUCCAACAUUACUAUCCGUACAUUUUUGUCUCUUCACCUUUAGUUUACAAUCCACCAAAUCUGCUCCAGACGUCAUAGUAACACACUGACCUUCCAUACACUCAUCAGCCAUCCAGUUCACAAUACAUUUCCAUCCAACAUUACUAUCCGUACUUUUUUGUCUCUUCACCUGUAGUUUACAAUCCACCGAAUCUGCUGCAGACGUCAUAGUAACACACUGACCUUCCAUAUAAUCAUCAGCCAUCAAAUUCACAUGACAUUCCCAUCCAACAUUAAUAUCUCUAUUUACUUGUUUCUUCACUUUCAGUUUGAAACAAUCUACUCCAAUGGUAACACAUUGAUCUUCCAUACAAUCAUUAGCCUUGAAGUUUGUCAGAAAUUACCAGCAAAAUUGUUGUUUUUACUACCGUGUCUUACUUUCAGUGCGCAGCCCACAAUAUUUCCUCCAGAUAAAGGUUACAUUGUGUCCUCCAUCAUGUCCUCAGUUAUCAAGUUCCCAAGGCAUUCUCACUUUGUUCCGCAUACUAGCCCAGCAGAGAUAUACAAGUUCUUAUGUGCAUGCACCCCUGAGCUAUAUAUUAAAAAUUAAAUAUUUUAUCUGUACUGUACUUAUCCAGAUGUCAUAUUCAUAUGCAACUUCACAAGACUUUACUUCAAACAUUGCUAGUCUCCAAAAAUUUAGCUAGCCUCAAAAUCUGUUGCUUACGUCGUAAUUACACACGAAUAUAUAAUUAAAUCAUUAGCUAUCGACAUCACAAGACAUUCCCACCAAACAAUCACACACAGACAACAAACUCCAACUAACAGACUAGUAACUCCAAAUCACUAAAUCUCAGUAUGGUGUUUCUCCUCUAUAUCUUGAACAAUUCACCUAACCCUUACGUGAUUACAGCCUUACCAUUACCUCUUCCUAAACUUUUUUUGCCCAUCUUUCUCACACUCUCUCAAUUGACAUAAUUCUGCACAUUAUUGUAAUGUACUGAUGUACUAAAUGACGUUUUUCUCACCAAUCAUAGUACGGUUCAAUUUCAGCUCCUCCCUGCAUCCCGAUGAAUAUUUCCAACCGUUUACAUUCAAAGUUUCCAUAUUCCUACAUAAAUUGGUUGUCACAUGAUUCCAUCCCAAAUAACUGCUCUCAUUUUCCAAUUUGUGAUCCUCCGUGUCUCAUUCAAACAUUUUCAAUGCCAUAAAAAUGUUUAUGGAGCUCCAUCAUUAAAAAUGAUUUUUCUUCAUAUCUUCAAAGUGCAAACCAGCAAUUCAGCGCUAACGUACUACGUUAUAGAACGCAAAGACAUUUUACUAACUGAUUAGUUCAACUCGUUUUGUGUUUACUGUUAAAUAAGUUAUAUAUAUAUACGGAAGUUGUUUUAUAAGAGAUGUAUAAAUAUAUUUUUAAGAAACUA